CCCUUUGCUGGGUAGAGAUGCCACUCUCGCCUCCUUUUGGAUAGAGGACUGCAGGAGGCUGGAGCACCUCAAGGAGCCGCGUCCCGCUCCCAGAAGAUGCUGGGAACAAUGAAAUAAGAAUUCCUGCGGUCCGCCCGAAGCCACCAUGUUGACGCGACUUUUCAGCGAGCCCAGCCUGGUCCCCGAAGUCCCGAAAUUCCCCGGUUGGGCCGAGGAGUGCGAGGAGGAUGCCCGGAGCGAGAAGGAGGAGCGGGCGGGGAAGGGCUGCGCCCUCCCCGAGGAGCCGCCCGAGGGUUCGCUGGGAGAGAGCAAGGAGGAAGGGGAGCUAGGAGGGGACGAGGAGGAGGAGGAGGAGGAGGAGGAAGGCCUGGAGGAGGCGGAGGGCGAGCGGCCCAAGAAGCGCGGCCCCAAGAAGAGGAAGAUGACGAAGGCGCGGCUGGAGCGGUCCAAGCUGCGGCGGCAGAAGGCGAACGCCCGGGAGAGGAACCGGAUGCACGACCUGAACGCGGCCCUGGACAACCUGCGCAAAGUGGUGCCCUGCUACUCCAAAACGCAAAAACUCUCCAAAAUCGAGACGCUGCGCUUGGCCAAGAACUACAUCUGGGCUCUCUCCGAGAUCCUGCGCUCGGGCAAGCGGCCCGACCUGGUCUCCUACGUGCAGACUCUGUGCAAGGGGCUGUCCCAGCCCACCACCAACCUGGUGGCCGGCUGCCUCCAGCUCAACUCCCGCAACUUCCUGACGGAGCAGGGCCAGGAGGGGGGUCGUUUCCACGGCCCCAACGCCGCCUCCUUCGCCGUGCACCCCUACCCCUACCCUUGCUCGCGGCUGGCCGCGGCGCCCUGCCCGCCCGCCGCCGGCCCCGGGCCGCACGGGCUGAGGACACACGGCUACUGCGCCUCCGCCUACGAGAGCCUCUACGGCAACACCUCCCCCGACUACAACAGCUCGGAGUACGACGGGGGGCUCAGCCCCCCGCUCUGCAUCAACGGCAACUUCUCCCUCAAGCAGGACUCUUCAUCCCCCGACCACGAGAAAAGCUACCACUACUCUAUGCACUACUCGGCGCUGCCCGGCUCCCGCCCCGCCGCUCACAACCUGGUCUUCGGGUCGGCGGGGAUGCGCGGGGGGGUCCACUCCGAGAACAUCUUCCCCUACGACAUGCACCUCCCGCACGAGCGGGGCCCCAUGUACGAGGAGCUCAACGCCUUCUUCCACAACUGACCCCCUCCCCGAGACCCCCUCCCCAUCGCCGAGGUGGCGGGGAGGGGGGGAGAAUCCCCCACAUCCCCCCCCGCCCCCCCAACCCGCGGCGGCCCCGCGGAUCGGCCCCCGGGGCUCCGCCGUGGGCUUUGGUGCAAUA